AUGAAUUAUCGAUGUUCGUGGCCCGUUGCUCCUCCAGUGGCGUCUUUCACGUGUCCACAUACAGUUGAUCAUCCAACUUUGUCCAUGCGACAAGUACAAGGUCUAACUCCCACACAUACGCGCUGUACUUUGUGCCCCAAUGUAAAAAGCUAUGCUGCAGAGGGAAAAAUUGCACAGCUUUUUAAUGAAUCGACGGGAGGCACCUUCAGUAGUAUCGAAGCAGUUUUGACUGCUAUAAAUUCCAUUGCUGAUAUGCUCAAUACCACUCAUCAUGCAGUUUUUAGUUCUUUUCAAGCUGUAUUUGGUGCGUUGGACGAGUUUGCAAAGCUGAAAACACAGGUGCCUAAUGUCAUUACAUUCGACUUUUCAUUAAAAGAUUUUCAUAUUACAUGUUUUGAUAGACUUAAUGGCAUUGCUGUAAGGAGCAGAAUCGCUGCACAGGAAACUUCAGCACAAUUGAUUUCUUCCAAUUCAUUUCGUUGGUUACCUUCAUUGAUAUUUUGGUUAAUCGCAGUAGGUGUGCCUUAUUUGAUGUAUCAGUCAAUUGGAGGAAUGACGGAUGAGUCAAUGAAAUGGACAACAGGAAAAGCUGGUUAUUACGAAGCACUGGCGACAGAAGAUCAUGAUACUGAGGAAAAUGAUAAAAUAUCAUUUAAACGUGGCGAUAUUUUGCGUAUUGCUCCUAGAGAAUAUCAACCGCGAAGGCUUGGCUAUAUUUUGGCAUGCUCAUUAGAUGGUAAAAAAGUGGGAUUGGUCCCAAUUAAGAAAAUUCGGUUGACAAAACGAGUCGUAGAAUCAUCCGCCUUUACUGGACAAGAUGCUGUUCAGUUGUUUGAUGCUGCGCACGCUUCUGAAAAUGAUUUAUAUGAUUGA